AUGUUCCCAAAACCUCACAUCUCCCAAGACAGUUUCUUCCACGAAACCACCCCAUCACCAGCACCAGCAGCAACAACCCACCCCCCUCAACCCCCUAUAACCAUCUACUUCAUAUGCGGAAACCCAGGCCUGAUAUCCUACUACCACUCGUUCCUCUCCCUGCUAAGCGACCGGCUCUGCGCUGCAUCGCGACGCAAGUUCCAUGUCGUCGGCCAUAGUCUUGCUGGGUUUGAACUGGCUUCCGGCCCUGGCCCUGGCGGCCCUGCACGUAAAAAACAUGAACAUGAACAUGAACAUGGAAAGGCAAAGGCAAAGGCAAAGGAGCAGUACGCCUACUACUACGAUCUUGAAGAGCAAAUCCGGUUCGUCCGGGAAAAGCUAGCGGUGCACAUGGCGGGUUUGCGAACCGUGGACCAAAUGCCCCAGGUGAUUCUUAUGGGGCACUCUGUCGGGAGUUAUAUUGCUAUGGAGGUGCUUCGUCGUUAUCGCGAGGAUAGUGAUACCACUACUACUACUGCUGCUGCUGCUGCUGCUGCUGCUGCUGCUAGCGGGAUUCAGAAAACCGGGUUUGAUAUCAUCGGCGGCGUGAUGCUUUUCCCGACGGUUCUGGAUAUUGCAAAGUCGCCGUCAGGGCGGAAAUUGACUUUUUUGCUCAGGCUUAUUCCUCAAUUGGCCAUAGUUGUGGCUUUCGUAGCUCGUGUACUUACGCUGGUGUUUCCUGACUGCGCGUUACGGACGUUGAUCCGGUGGUUUAUGAAGUCACCACCGGAGGAGGCUGUUACAGCCACAGCGUCGUUUCUAAAGAGUAAAUACGGCGUGCGGGAGGCUUUACACAUGGCUGCCGAUGAGAUGCGAACCAUUACCUCCGACAAAUGGAGCGAUGAUGUUUGGGGUGUAUCAACAGUGAAAGAACCUAUGACUCGAUUGUUCUUCUAUUUUGGUAGGAAUGAUCACUGGGUGGCUGAGCGCACAAAAGAAGAAAUCCUGGAGCUUCGCGGACGAACCCAGACCGGUCCUAAGAUGGUCGUUUGCGAAGACUCAUUACCCCAUGCCUUUUGUCUUCGCCAUAGCGAUAUCAUGUCUCGUAAAGUUGCGGAUAUGAUCACCGCCAUCGUGGCGGAGUGA